AUGGCGAAGUGUCGUAUUGCUCCAAUCAAUAAGUUAUCUACCCCUCAGAUGGAGUUAAACGCAGCUGUUUUGUCGAAAAGAGGAAGAAAGGUCAUCGAGAAAGAAAUGAGGUUCGACUUCGAGAGAGUUUUACAAAUCGUGGACUCAGAAACAGUCUUGAGUAUGAUCCACAAGACAAGCACACGUUUCAAAGUUUACGAGGGAGUACGAAUCGGAGAAAUCCAAGCAGCAACUGAAGGAGAUCUGACUUGCUGGGCUUGGAUGUCUGGCCAACAUAAUACAGCUGACUGGUUGACACGCGGCAGAACACCACAGGAGCUGAACAACGAUUCUCAUUGGUGGAAUGAACCGCCGAUUCUAUACCGACCGAUAGAAGAAUGGGGAUUAAAGUUUAACCCAAAGAAAGAACCACUCCCCGGUGAAAAGAAAGUCCAUGUUGUAGCAGCAGCAGCGAGCGUAGAGGCAUUGUUGAUCGACUAUGAAAGAUUCAGCAAUAUCAACAAAGCUAUUUGGGUCGUCGCGAGAUUGCUAAACAUUGCGAAGAAAAGUUUUAAAGGCGGAAGGACUCUGUCCAUCUCGGUUAAGCAAUUACAAGAAGCCGAGAACUUUAUUGUUAAAGAAGUUCAGAAAUCAUUUGAAAGUGAACUGACAAAAACUGACCGCAAAGGCAGAAAAGGUGGUCGUUUCGCUUGUUUGAAUCCAGUCCAAGAUGAAAGUGGACUCUGGGUAGUGGGACAGCGCCUGAAGAACAAAAAUCCUGGUGGAUGGCAGCCUAACGGUAAUAAUCCAGGAAAGCGUUAUCAUGUUGUCCAGAUCGUGACAGACGAGUUCUGGAAGAAAUGGACGGAGUUAUACGCCCCAACCUUGGUUAUUCGUGCAAGUGGAAUACAGCCAACCGUAACCUGCGCCCAGGAGAUGUUGUAAUCAUCGCCGACCGUAAUACCUUGCGAGGAGAUUACCGUUUAGGUAUAGUACAAGAAGUGUUUCCCAGUCAAGACGGAAAAGUUCGUCGAGUAAAUGUGAUGUACAAGAAUUUUCAAAUUGGAGAAAAGGUACAAAAAUACAAAGGACAUAACGAGGCUGUCAUUGUGUCACGAAGUGCUCAGCGAUUAUCGUUAUUAGUACCAGUGGAUAUGGAUCAAGACCAGGAAACCAAGUCGGAAGCAAAAGAGAGUGUAUGA